CUGAGGACGACAACAUGGCGGCCUCCUUGCGUCUGGGUCGUCAGGGGAUUUUAUUUGGCCUUAGAUUAUCUAGUACCCUUGACAGAUGUUUAUUGGCCACGCACCCAUGUCAGGAGAAUGUCAGACACUUCUUUCGGUCGCCGUGGAUCCUCGGUGUCAGCCCAGUCAAAGUGCAAAUGCCUGCACUUUCACCCACCAUGGAGGAGGGAAGCAUCGUUAAAUGGCUGAAGAAGGAAGGUGAGGCAGUGGCAGCCGGUGAUGCCCUCUGUGAGAUUGAGACCGACAAGGCUGUUGUUACCAUGGAGUCUAAUGAAGAUGGUGUCAUGGCAAAGAUAUUGAUAGAGGAGGGAAGUCGCAAUGUGCGCCUGGGCACUCUUAUUGCCCUCAUGGUGGAGGAAGGGCAGGACUGGAAGCAAGUUGACAUCCCCCCUCCGGAAGCUGCAGCUCCACCUGCUGCAGAUGCUGCCGCAGCCGCAGAUGCGCCCCCUGCUGCUCCCUCUCCAGCCUCUCCCCCAAAACCAGCCACGUCAGGACCGUUACGUCUGAGUCCAGCAGCGAGACAUAUCCUGGACACCCAUGGUAUAGACCCAAAAUUGGCCACACCAACUGGACCAAGAGGACUCAUCACCAAGGAAGAUGCAUUGAAUCUCUUGAAGACAUCUCCUGUCCCCAAAGCGACCCCAGCUAUGGCUGCCCCGAGUCCUGUCCCAGCCCUGGCAGCGACCCGUCUGCCCGCAGGCAGCAGACCCAACAUACCUCCUCUCUCCAUACCAGGGAAACCAGGAGCACCGGGCACUUUCACAGAGAUCCCAGUCUCAAAUAUUCGCCGUGUGAUUGCUCAAAGACUGACGCAAUCGAAGACCACCAUCCCCCAUGCGUAUGCCUCUGUUGACUGUGACAUGGCUGCCGUCAUGCAUCUCCGCAAAGACUUGGCCAAAGAACAGAUCAAAGUGUCGGUUAAUGAUUUCAUUAUCAAAGCAGCUGCUGUUACACUUAAAGAGAUGCCAGAAGUGAACGUGACCUGGUCUGGCGACGGACCCCGCGCACUUGAUUCAGUCCACAUUUCAAUCGCAGUGGCAACCGACAAAGGCCUCAUUACCCCCAUCAUCAGGGAUGCAGCAGACAAAGGAGUCCAGGAGAUCUCAGCUAAUGCUAAGGCGCUGGCCCAGAGGGCUCGAGAUGGGAAACUUCUACCAGAGGAGUACCAGGGAGGCUCAUUCAGUAUAUCUAACCUGGGGAUGUUCGGUAUCAGUGGCUUCAGCGCCGUAAUCAACCCUCCUCAGGCUUGUAUCCUGGCCAUCGGGACCUCCAGGUCCGAGCUGCGACUGUGCGAGGAUGACCAGACCCUCUGCACCCAGCAGCUGAUGACAGUCACACUGUCCAGUGACGGCCGACUAGUGGACGACGAAUUAGCCUCGCAGUUUCUAGAUAAAUUCCGCAGCAACCUAGAAGAACCGCGACGCAUGGCCCUUGCCUGAAAAACAAAGUGAGAUAGCUGUAUGAAAGGGACUGGACGGACAAAGCAAGAAAACACCUGCAUAACGAAGCCUGUCUCGUGCUUUCACAAGCACAGAGCUCUUAAAAAGUGGAUUCCUGUUCGUGCUUUGAUUAAGGCUUACAAAAGUAGGCUUGUGCAUAGUAUAAACUUGUUUUUGUGGCUUGCUUCUGACGGAUAAUCAGCAGGCUUUGUGAUGGAGCAGUUAAACUGGGCUUCUGCUAGAGAGUAAGAGGACUGUAGCAGUGGUGCCAAAUACAAGACGAUGUAUAGCGGGGUGCAUCCCACAUAAUGUAAUAGAGGUGGUUGUUCUAUCACACCAGUGUAGUGUAUAUAUAUGAAGUGAUUAUUCCACUUUAAGUUCUAUUUUUCCCUCCCAGUGCAUCCAGUCUGUGUCACUAUUAAUACAUGUGCAAGUGGUGCUGUGAAAAAAAGGUAUUUAUCACUGAACAUCAGGGGCCGUGCAGUCUCCACUAAGGGUAAAGCCCGUAAACCAUUUCCUG